UUUUUUUCGUAAAAUUCGUCAUCGUCAAAAAAUAAAUAUUUGGUAAACUUGUUUUAUGGUUGUUUGUGUUUGUUAAAUUUAGAUUAACACCGGCUUCAGUAAUACUGCAACUAUCUCGGCUGAGACUGAGAUAAUUCGUAAACAGUCAAAAUGGAUUCAAGCCCUCUAGAUUAUGUUGCAAACUCUUGUAUGGAGUUGAAUGCUGCUCUGAGCGCCGCUACGGAGGAAGCCGAGAAAGAAACCCUCCUCACUAAUCAUAUCAAGAAAGUAUGGGGCACUAUGACUGGCGUAGACGAUUUUAAACGAAAUCUGGAAUGGGUGAAUGUGUCGGAGCGUAUUUCACUGGCAUAUCACUGUGUGGACAAGGUGGUGGUCCUAGACUUCUGGACAUACUGCUGCAUCAACUGUUACCAUGUACUUCCGGACUUGGCUCACUUGGAGAAGAUAUACAAAGUGGAGGAUGGCUUAGUAGUUAUAGGUGUUCACUGCGCCAAGUUUUCCAAUGAGAAGGAGUCUGCCAAUAUCUCGGCAGCGGUGGAGAGAUAUGGAAUCAAGCACCCGGUGGUCAAUGAUGCCGACAGCGCCACUUGGGAGGCCCUCGGCAUACACUGCUGGCCUACCCUUGUUGUUUUAGGGCCGGGUAACAAACCAAUAUUUGUGUUAACCGGAGAAGGGCAUAGAGACCUGCUGGUGUCAUAUGUUGGGGCAGCCCUGAAGCACUUUGGAUCCCGCUUGUCCACGGCUGCACUACCUAUUGCACCUGCCAAGCAUUUGAAAACCAAAGACGAUACACUGCUGCGUUUUCCAAGCAAGGUGGCGCUAAACCCAUUCUACCGAGGUAGAUCCGAAGAGCCUUUCUUAGCUAUAUCUGACACAGGUCACCACAGAGUAGUCCUCACUGACUGCUCUGGACAAAUCAUACGAAUUGUUGGAGGACCAGAACCUGGAUUCAAAGAUGGCAAGAUAUCAGAGGCGCUAUUCAACUCGCCGCAAGGCGUGUGUUGGCUGUCUGGCAGUGUGCUAGCAGUGUGCGACACCAACAACCACGCGCUCAGAGCUUUACACCUCGAUGAUGGGGCCGUGGACACACUGGCUGGGAACGGGAAGCAGUCGGAACAUGGAGACCAAGGCGGCAAAUGCCUCGGCCUGCAGUCCCUCUCCUCUCCCUGGGACGUGUCUCUGUUCACCACGCCCGACAUGGACAUGUCCGUCCGCGCGCAGCCUCCGCCGCCGCCGCCGCCGGUGCCAGGGACCAAGGAACCGGAGAAAGAAGUCAAAGAUAUCAAGGAGGAGGAUAAAGAGAAGGACAAGAAGGACAGCAAGCGGCGCGUGCUGCUGAUAGCCUGCGCGGGCUCGCACCAGAUCUGGGCACUGUUUCUCGACACCACCAUCUGGUGGAAGUACAAGACUUACACGGAAGGUACAUGCGUGUGCAUCGCGGGCUCGGGCGCGGAGGCGGCGCGCAACAGCGCGUACCCCAACACCGCCGCCUUCGCGCAGCCCUCGGGGCUCGCGCUCCGGAGCGGAAGCAACUCGGAAGUGUUCAUAGCGGAUUCCGAGAGCUCUUCCAUCAGGCGACUUGCGUUGAGCACGGGGCAGGUGUCCAGCCUGUGCGGCGGGGACAAGAACCCCUUGAACCUAUUCGCGUUCGGCGACGUAGACGACGUGGGCACAGAAGCCAAGCUCCAGCACCCUCUAGGCGUGGCGUACUGCAACGCGGCACGAGCACUCUACGUGGCCGACACCUACAACCACCGGCUCAAGCGAGUGGACGUGACCACGCAGCGAGUCACCACGCUGCACCCCACCAUGAUCGAGACCGCUGACCCCGCCGCCUUCAGCGAACCAUCUGGUCUCUCCGUCAGUGUCGACGGGAAGUAUCUCUAUAUAGCCGACACCAACAACCACAGCAUCAAACUUCUUAACCUUACGAAGAAUGUCUGUCAGGAGUUUAAGGUACGAAUGGCUGAGGCCAAAUUUACAGAACCUGAUAAUUUGAUUCUGUACAGGAACGAUCUGUUUGUGAACCGAAAAUGUGGCAGCUUAAUCAUCUAUUUCAACGUGAGUUUAGAUAACACGGAUACAAAGAAUGUAAAGUUUACGGCGGGCGCGCCGCAGGUCUGGAACAUCUGCGUCAGAGACGACAACAACAAAGACGUCACGCUAGAAGACUUCGAGUUCAUUAACUGCACGCAGAAAGGUACCAAACUUCCCGGUCGAGUGGAGAUGAAGCUUAAGCAGAAGACGGAUAAGACCCACUACCGUCUUUACCUGGGGUUCCAUACGUCGUUGUGUGACGCGUCCGUGUGCUUCUCGCACUCGUUCACGGUGCGCUCCACGAUGCUGGUUCGAGACUCCGUGAAGAUGGUCGAGUCCUACAAGAUCACCUGCAAGAUCAACCCCGUGAACCGCGGCGACAACAAGGCCGUGUCCACAUAGUUAUGUACAGUAAAAGGCAGAGAAACCUGAACCCUCUCAGAAACAUUGUUACUAUGAGAGGGGGGUCACCAGACCGUAAGCACUAAUGACUGACUACAGUCUGUGUCUCGAUUCAAAACAUUUUGAAUAUGUUCUUAUAAGUCUCUGAUUAUCUCAUGUAAUGUAAAUAUACCAUUUUAAUUUAAGCAAACAAUGGACAACAUUUCAAAAAACUAAAGCAGCUUUAAAUCGAAAACCAUUUCGAGAUUUAGCUCUCAAGGCCACAAAAAAAAUGUUUUUG